UUUCAGUUAAAAUAUGAGCGAAGAGCCGGCUGCAAAGCGAAUGAAAAAUGCCGAUGAGUUCCCAAAUCUCCGAUCCGAAGUAGCUGGUCCCGUGAAGGAAAAGCUAAUCGAACUAGACGCCAUUCAGCACCAACUAGAUGUGAUGAGUGAAAACGCUGCCGAAGAAGUUUUGAAAGUCGAGCAGAUUUUCAAUCAGAAACGUCUUCCGAUUUAUGAAAAAAGAAAGAAGCUGACAACAAAAAUCGACAAUUUCUGGCAGACUGCUUUUCUCAAUCAUCAUCUUCUUUCAACUGCUAUUCCGGAAGAACAAGAGGACUUGUUAGCCGCUCUGCGAGAUCUUGAAGUGCAAGAAUUUGAAGAUCUUCGCAGUGGAUUCAAAAUAAUUAUGACAUUUGACCCGAAUGAGUACUUCACAAACGAAGUAAUUACAAAGUCGUAUCAUCUGCAAUCUGAGUCACCGAGCACCGAAAUUACCGAAAUCGAGUGGAAGGAGAACAAGAAACCGCCAUUCAAGCCGGAAGACGGAGAUUCAGCUCACACGUUUCUUGAAUGGCUCACGUACGCAGCACUACCAGACAGUGAUGAGAUUGCUGAAGUGAUCAAAGACGAUCUGUACGUCAAUCCUUUGCAGUACUACGUGAUGCCCGACAUGCAGGAAGUUGAAGAAGACGAUAUCGAAGACUUUCUGAAUGAGGAGCGCGGUGUAGAUGAGAAUGGACAAAGGAUUCCUCGUCGGAACAUAAGUGAUUCACUGAAGGUUGAUCAAGAUGAAAGUGCGGAUGGGCAAGAAGGAGAGGAUGAAGAAGAGGAAGAUAUGGGAGAAGAAGAAGAAGAUGGUGUUGAAGAAGAAGCGGAGGGUGAAGAAGAAGAAGAGGAUGGAGCAAUUGAAGAAGAAGGUGGUGAUGAGAAUGUUGAAGCACACGUUGCAGUCAACCCCGAGAACACUGCAGAGUAGCUUGUGAAGCUGAAAUUUGUUGCAUACUAAUUUAUUAUUCCCACCGUGUGUUAUAAUUGUCAUUUUUAUCAUUUAUCAAUCGAUCCCGUUUUUGUAAGUAUUUAUUCACUGCCGAGUAUUUUUGCGGCUCUAUCUUCAGCUUGAUUGUAUUCCUAUAUGUUUUUGACAUGAUUCCAAGUAUAUUCGAAUCAAAUGAAAGAUCUGC